UAACAAACUAACGAGACGAUUAUGAUAACUCAUGCAUCUCUGGUGUGCUGGCCAAAGCUGAGACAAUGCUCAUUACAGAAUUAAGCAAGGUACAAAGACUUGCUUGCCUGUCGAUAACAAGUGCAUGCAAUGAAGUGCGCCUCAACUGCAGCACUUGAGACCAUGCUGGACCUCCCGCCGAUAAAUUAUAGAAUAAUGGUGGGGAGGGGGGGGUCACAGCCAAAGGGAAGAUAUGAGGACCUUAAACAUGAUCAAAUAAGGAAACAUGUGGGAAGCGACAUACUAGGCGCGCAAGAACAAAGAACACAUACGUACCAGGUUUGGAUUCAAAAAAACUUCGAUACCAAAAUAGGAUAUCGAACGGAACAUCGAAGGCAUAACCUGUAAGGGGAAAUUACCUGGUACAAGAACGUGUCAAAAGCUGAGCAGGGAACAGGCCAUGCAAUCUUGCACUUCGCAAGAGCAAAAAUGAGCGAGCGUAUAAUAAUAAAAGGGUCGCCAUAUAC